GCCUGUCUAGUGUAGAGAGUUGGCCUAGAUGAACAUAAACGUUUUCUAUUUUUUUUUAAAAAUCUGUCACUUCUAAAUAAUUUUAAUUAAAUCUAUUGGUGUGUUAUAGUUAUUGUUUAUAAUGUCGAAAGGAAGUUUUACCCUCAGCAACAAAGAGGCGCACCACUCAUCAGAUAAGUCAAUUCAGGAUGAAACUAUACAGGAGAACGGCUGGACCUUCAGGUUUUUGCUCAUCAUGUUUACGGCCUAUCUCAUCAUACCAGGCAUUGGCUACACAGUCUCGUCCCUGAAUGCACCCACAGAUCUCAUCAAAGAAUUCAUGAACGAAACAAAAUUUCAAAGAGACAGCGAGUGGAUGUCCACGGAUGAGGUGGACUCUUUGUUCGGUCUGCUAGUCGCCGUGGUGGGUCUCGGGUCAGCCGCUGGGUCUCUCAUAGCCAGCAUCUUGGCCGAUAAGUUUGGACGAAAACUAUCCAUUAUCCUUGCUUCUGUGACUGGGCUCAUUGGCGUGCUGAUGAUGGCACUUUGUAAGGUCGGCUCCUCCUAUGAGAUGUUGUUUGUGGGGCGGACACUAACUGGGUUUACACUUGCCUGGGGUCUGAGCUUGGCCCCGGCCUACCUGGUGGAGAUGGCACUGCCCAGUAUGCGGGGCAGCGUGGCCCUGAUGAACCAGCUGUUCCAGAGCUUUUCCUUCUUCGUCGCUCAAGUUAUGGGCUACACGGAACUGCUGGGGAAUGAGCACUAUUGGUGCUACCUUCUUGGUUUCCCAGUUAUUUUCUUUGGCCUGCAGAUCAUUCUGCUGCCAUUUUGUCCCGAGAGUCCCAGAUAUCUUUUGAUGAAUAAAAACGACACAGAGGGCGCCACAAGAGCAUUACAGAUAAUUCGAAACAGAAAAAAUGUAGAGAAAGAUAUCGCUAUGCUGCACCAAGAACUGAAAGAGUCAGCAACUGACGCUGAGGUAUCUGUUAUCAAGCUGUUUAAAAGUCCGCUUCUUCGAAGACCUUUAGUGAUUGCCAUUGUGAUGGGCCUCCAGCAAAACUGGUGUGGGAUGAACGCGAUUUUGUUCUUUUCCACCCAACUUUUUAAAUCCGCAGGCUUGGACGACAGGAACGCGAGAUACGCAACUUCGGGCACAGGUCUCACUUUCUUUUUGUGCAAUGUAUUCGCCAUUUUUCUCUUGACGAGGUUCGGCCGGAAGACGCUAUUUCAAAUGGGAACCAUCGGGAUGGCCGUGUGUUCAGCUGUCAUCGCGCUCACUAUGUUGUAUCAGGACGAGGUGAAUGCUCUCAGAUAUGUGAAUAUUGUGGUCUCACUACUUGUCAUAGUCUGCUAUUCAUUGGGACCAAUUUGCGUGUUCUGGGUGAUGCUGAGUGAGCUAUUUCCCAACAGUGCUCGUGGGACGGGAUUUAGUAUAGCCAUCUUGUGCGCCAUGUUGGGAUUCUUCUCGCACUGUUACAUAUUUCCUAUACUGCUGUCCAACCUGAAAUCUUACACAUUCUUCGUGUUCUGUGGAAUCGACAUAGCCAUGGCCAUUUUCAUCCACUUUUACGUCCCUGAGACCAAAAACAAAUCGUUCGCUGAGAUCGCCAAGUCAUGGGCCACAUCAGCUGACUUGGACAAGACCCUGGCAAACAUGAACCAAGACAUUGCGGUCGACAUUGAGAAGAAAUCUGAACCUUCGCUUCAAGAAAAUGUCAAUGAAUGUUUGUGAUUUCUGAACUUGAUGCGAUUCUUGAAUAGAAUUUUGUUACCGGCCUAGGUUUUUUUGGGAAAUGAUAUUUUAAAAUUCGAAGUAAACCUUAAAAAAAAAAAAUUCAUUGAAACUUAGGCCUACGUGUGGACGAAACAAUACAACUCUUUUAGUGGUUAUUUCUAUAAUUUAUUUUACUACAUGUUUUAGAAGCCUAUUUUGAAGUAAACUAUUUGAUUAUGGGCUUUGUGAUCUCAUUUGAUUAUAUGCCUUAGAGCUGAUUACUUGGCCGGGGAACACAAUAAACAUCCCAGAAUCCCCCUUGGUCAACGAGCUAAAUCAACAUUUUGCGCAUGCAGUUAAUUCUUCAGACUUUAGACGUUGCUGCCCCUUAAGUCUGUAAAAGAAAAUAUGUUUACAUGUAUAGCCUUUCCCUAUGUUGAUUCCAUUGGACAAGUGUAAAAGAAAAAAGCUGAUGAUCUGAGUUGAGUUGUAUAACAUUUUUAAAAAAUGCAAGAUGAUUGUUUUUCAUUUUGGCUAUCAUUA